GCAGAUAGCCUAGCGGUUAAAUUAGCGUUGGGCCACUAAGUGAAAGAUUGCUGGUUUGAAUCCUAAAGCUGACUAGGUGAAAAAUGUAUCAUUGUGCCCUUGAGCAAGGCACUUAACCCUAGUUGUUCCUUUAAUUAAGCUGCUCUGGAUAAGAGCAAAUAAAAAAUAUACUGCAGUUACAAUGUAGUAAAAUCUUAAUAAUUUGGUGACAAAUGAAUUCUGAAAUUGUAGUACUGCAGUUGAACUGCAAAAUCACUGGAUACAGCAUACUACAGUGAAUAGGAAUAUUUUGGACAUAUAACUGCAGUUAUACAGUGUUACUUCAACUUGCACAAGUAGGCUCUGAAGAUGCUUACACUUAUAUCAGAGAAAAACCCUCAUGCAGAGUUUCAACAUGCCUAUGAGAUACUGUGUAGUAUUCUACUCUGAUAGCCAAUUGGGACCAGGCAUAUCAUAAGAUCUUCCAAUCAGUUUCGACAAAGCCUGUCUGUCCACUGUAUCGUGGAACUAUAAAUGGCCCCACCCACCGAAUUUGGUAUCACACUGACUUCUUACAACAGACUCCUAAAGGUCUGCCUGUAAGUGUUGAACUAAAAGAAGAUUCAUUUUCUCCGCACCAAAUCUUGAAUCUUCUCAGCUUAAACAUGCGUGAGUGCAUCUCCGUCCACGUGGGUCAGGCUGGAGUCCAGAUUGGAAAUGCCUGCUGGGAGCUCUACUGCCUGGAGCAUGGGAUCCAGCCGGACGGACAGAUGCCCAGUGACAAAACCAUUGGAGGAGGAGACGACUCCUUCAACACCUUCUUCAGUGAGACUGGGGCUGGAAAGCAUGUCCCCAGGGCUGUGUUUGUGGACCUGGAGCCCACAGUUAUUGAUGAGGUGCGAACUGGGACCUAUCGCCAGUUAUUCCAUCCUGAACAGCUCAUCACUGGCAAAGAGGAUGCUGCCAACAACUACGCUCGUGGACACUACACUAUUGGCAAAGAGAUCAUCGACCUGGUGCUGGACAGGAUCCGCAAACUGGCUGACCAGUGCACAGGCCUUCAGGGCUUCCUGGUUUUCCACAGCUUUGGAGGUGGGACCGGCUCUGGUUUCACUUCCCUGCUGAUGGAGCGCCUGUCUGUUGACUACGGCAAGAAGUCCAAGCUUGAGUUCUCCAUCUACCCAGCUCCCCAGGUGUCCACAGCUGUGGUGGAGCCCUACAACUCCAUCCUGACCACCCACACCACCCUAGAGCACUCUGACUGUGCCUUCAUGGUGGAUAAUGAGGCUAUCUAUGACAUCUGCCGUAGGAACCUCGACAUUGAGCGUCCUACUUACACCAACCUCAACAGGCUCAUUAGCCAGAUCGUUUCCUCCAUCACUGCUUCCCUUCGAUUUGAUGGUGCCCUCAAUGUUGAUCUGACAGAGUUCCAGACCAACUUGGUGCCCUACCCCCGUAUCCAUUUCCCUCUGGCCACCUAUGCCCCAGUUAUUUCUGCAGAGAAGGCUUACCAUGAGCAGUUAACUGUCUCUGAGAUCACCAAUGCCUGCUUUGAACCAGCCAACCAGAUGGUGAAAUGUGACCCUCGUCACGGAAAGUACAUGUCAUGCUGCCUUCUAUACCGUGGUGACGUGGUACCCAAAGAUGUCAAUGCUGCCAUUGCCACCAUCAAGACUAAACGUUCCAUUCAGUUUGUUGACUGGUGUCCAACUGGUUUCAAGAUUGGCAUCAACUAUCAGCCUCCCACUGUGGUCCCUGGUGGAGACCUGGCCAAAGUCCAGAGGGCUGUGUGCAUGCUGAGCAACACCACUGCUGUGGCAGAGGCCUGGGCUCGUCUUGACCACAAGUUUGACCUGAUGUACGCCAAACGUGCCUUUGUGCACUGGUAUGUGGGUGAGGGUAUGGAGGAGGGAGAGUUUGCUGAGGCCAGAGAGGACAUGGCAGCCCUGGAGAAGGAUUAUGAAGAGGUGGGACGUGACAGCGGUGAAGGAGAUGAGGACGGGGAAGAGUAUUAGAAAUGGCUGUCUUUCUUUCUCUGUCUUUCAAACUUUAUCACCCUCUUCUUUCAUUUCUCUUUUCCAUAUAUCCACCUUUAUCUUUUCAUUUCUCUUUUCAUAGAUCCACAUGUUCUAUUAUUUCCAUCCACUACACUCCUAACCUCAGUCAAAAAGCACUUUAAUUUUGACAAGAAAUGUACAUUGUAUGGAAAACUACAAUUUUACUUGUCGUAAUUUUCAGGUUUCCCUUUAGAGGUGUUCAUACCAUUAGUUUAUAAUCCUCUCCCUUAUGUGUAUUCUUAUAUAGGUGGCUUAGACAAAUUCAUUGGUUUCUAGGAACACUGUUAACAGUCACAGAAUUUCAAAUAAUGUUUAUCAGUGGAGGCUGCUGAGGGGAGGACAGCUCAUAAUA